CGGAAGUUCCGGAGAGCCGCGGCGCGUAAACGCGACACGCCAGCCCUGCGCCAGCGCGCCGCCAGUGCGCAGGCGCCGCCACUCUGCUGCUCUUCCUCGUCCGUGUGUCCACUGCCGGCCGUCGGGUCCUAUGUCGCGCCGGGCCCUCCGCAGGCUGAGGGGGGAACAGCGCGGCCAGGAACCCCUAGGCCCCGACGCCUUGCGGUUUGACCUCCUCGAGGACGAUGACGCAGACGAUGAGGGACCAAAACCGGGGUUGGGUGGCCGGCGCCCCGGGGCCGCAGGGAAGGAGGGAGUCCGUGUCAACAACCGGUUCGAGCUGAUAAACAUGGAGGAUCUUGAGGAUGGCCUUGUGGUAAACGGGGAGAGGUCGGAUGCUACCCUGCCAGACUCUGUGUCAUCAGGGAACAAAGGAAGGGCUCAACGUGGAAACCCAGAGACCAAGCAAGAUGGGGAUGUGGCCAACGCAGGGUUCCCGGAACAGUCCAAUGCAAGUGGCAAACUCCGAAAGAAGAAAAAGAAGCAGAAAAAUAAGAAAAGCUGCCCAGGAGAAUCCUCGGAGAAUGGUCUAGAAGACAUUGAUCGCAUCUUAGAGAGGAUUGAAGACAGCAGUGGGUUCAGCCACCCAGGGCCCCCUCCACUGAGCUCCAGGAAGCACAUCCUAUAUGUGGAGCACAGACACUUGAAUCCAGAUACAGAACUGAAAAGGUAUUUUGGUGCUCGAGCAGUCCUGGGAGAACAAAGGCCUCGACAGAGACAGCGUGUGUAUCCCAAGUGUGCAUGGCUGACAACCCCUAAGAGCACUUGGCCCCGAUACAGCAAACCAGGUCUGUCAAUGCGGCUGCUGGAAUCCAAGAAAGGCCUUUCUUUCUUUGCAUUCGAGCAUAGUGAGGAGUACCAACAGGCACAGCACAAGUUCCUGGUGGCCGUGGAGUCUAUGGAGCCAAACAACAUUGUGGUUCUGCUGCAGACAAACCCCUACCAUGUGGACUCACUACUGCAGCUCAGUGAUGCUUGCCGCUUUCAGGAGGAUCAAGAAAUGGCUCGAGAUCUCAUAGAGAGAGCGCUGUACAGCAUGGAGUGUGCCUUCCAUCCCCUGUUCAGCCUCACCAGUGGGACUUGCAGGCUGGAUUACCGAAGACCUGAGAACAGGAGCUUCUACCUGGCCCUCUACAAGCAGAUGAGUUUCUUGGAGAAACGAGGGUGCCCACGUACUGCGCUGGAGUACUGCAAACUCAUCCUGAGCCUUGAGCCUGACGAGGACCCCUUGUGCAUGCUGCUGCUUAUUGACCACCUGGCCUUGCGGGCCCGGAACUAUGAGUACCUGAUCCGCCUCUUCCAGGAAUGGGAGGCUCAUCGGAACCUGUCCCAGCUCCCAAAUUUUGCCUUCUCAGUUCCAUUGGCAUAUUUCCUUCUGAGUCAGCAAACAGACCUACCUGAGCACGAGCUCACCUCUGCCAGGCAGCAGGCUUCCCUUCUGAUACAGCAGGCGCUCACUAUGUUCCCUGGAGUUCUUAUGCCAUUGCUGGAGUGUUGCAGUGUGCGGCCUGAUGCAACAGUCUCAAACCACCACUUCUUUGGGCCAGAUGCUGAGAUAAGCCAGCCCCCUGCCCUGAGCCAGCUGGUGAGUCUGUACCUUGGGAGGUCACACUUUCUUUGGAAAGAACCUGCUACUAUGAGCUGGCUGGAGGAAAACGUCCGUGAGGUUCUGCAAGCAGUGGAUGCUGGGGACCCUGCCGUGGAGGCCUGCGAGAACAGGCGGAAAGUGUUGUACCAGCGUGCACCCAGAAACAUCCACCGUCAUGUGAUUCUCUCUGAGAUCAAGGAAGCUGUUGCUGCUCUUCCCUCGGAUGUGACCACACAGUCUGUGAUGGGGUUUGACCCUCUGCCUCCCCUGGACACCAUCUACUCGUACGUCAGACCAGAAAGGUUGAGUCCAGUCAGCCACGGAAACACAAUCGCUCUCUUCUUCCGGUCGUUAUUGCCAAACUACACCACAGAGGGGGAGAGGCUGGAGGAAGGAGUGGCCAGGGGUCCGAACCGCAAUCAAGGCUUGAACAGGCUGAUGUUGGCCGUACGUGACAUGAUGGCCAACUUCCACUUCAACGACCUGGAGUUUCCAAGUUGGAAUGCCUGUGCUGUAAGUUCAUCCAGAUGAGGAUGUGAUAUCUGGAGCUGCCGCAGCUAUUCUACAACCACGAGGCAAUGAACUCCAAAGUGAAGAGCCAGUGUACUAGGAACAGUGAAGCAGACGAUGCCCCAGGCCUCCGGGAGACUUCCGGCCUCCGGGAGACUUUCUGCCCCCAGGCCUGUUCCCGAGAGGCCAGGAUGAUCGGCUUCACAGGUGUUCAGACUCAAGUAAUUGUCAACUGAAUCCAUUUCUAAUGGUGAAAAAUAAAAAAACAGUCACUCACAUCA